UGGAAACUGGUUGCCCCUUCUCAUCCACUGCUGCCGAUGGUUGUCUGUUCGUCGACGACUCUGCGGUCUGCUUUAUAGACUUUAGUUAAUCUGUUCGUACCAUUCGUAGCAGCACUAACUGGUAAAGAUGGCGAGAAUAGCGCUAGCGAUACUGAUUUUGGGGUGCUGCACAUGCGCCGUGUGGUCGGUAAAUGACCGCCUGCGGGAGGUGUACAGCUGGAAGCAAAUGGACUUUGCGUUCCCCGACCAAAGGACCAGGCAGGCGGCCAUCGCCAGUGGCGAGUACGUGCAGGCGAACAAUUUGCCACUGGGCCUGGAGGUGUGGCGGGACAAGCUGUUCAUCACCGUGCCCAGGUGGAAGUCCGGAGUGGCGUCCACGCUCAACUACGUGUCCCUCGGAUCGGGUCCAAAUCAUAACCGUUCACCUCGGCUGGUGCCAUAUCCAAACUACAAGAUGAACCGGCUGCCGGCCACCGGUCAACCGACCACCGACCAUCUCAUCAACACGUACCGGAUAAGUGUGGACAAGUGUGAUCGCUUAUGGGCGAUCGACAUGGGAAUCUCGAACGGUACGAAGCUCGGCCAACCUCAGCUGUUCAUCUUCGACCUGAACACUGACCAGGUCGUCCGGCAGUUCGUCAUCACCCAAAACUUGUUGCGCCUGGACGGCAACACGUGGUUCCCGGGCGUGUUGGCGGACACGGACUCGAGUUCGUGCAACCGUGCAUUCGCCUACAUUCCGGACAUUGGCGGUGGCCUUUUGGUGUACGACUACUAUCAGAAUACGGUCAGGCGGAUCGAGCACCAUUACUUCUACUUCGACCCUCUGGCCACCGUGUUCCACAUCGGCGGUGUUCGGGUUGAGUGGCCGGACGGUCUGUUCGGCCUGGGUUUGUCCGAACGUCAUCGAAACGGUUACCGGACGCUCUACUUCCAGUCAAUGUCCAGCACCAGGAUGUUCUCGGUGGACACGAGUGUCCUGCAGUCGAACACAAGCGGCACGAAUACGUUCGAAGAGUACCGGCAUCUCGGCCACCGCGUCGCUGGAAUGCAGGCCGGCCCCAUGACCGCGGACGAGGUGACCGGCACAGUUUUCUACUCGCUCGUCAACCAGGACGCUAUCGGCUGCUGGAACCCGAAGCAGCACGACCACCUGUCCCCCGAGACCUCGGCCGUGUUGGCACAGGACUCUGAAACGCUUGAGUUCCCGGGCGACAUCAAGGUAGAUUUAGACUCCAACCUGUGGGUGCUCAGCGACAGGAUGCCCCGCUUCCGGUUCCAGGUUCUUAACUUUGACCCGGAAGACGUCAAUUACCGCGUGCUCAGAGCGACCGUCUCUGACGCCAUUCGCGGAACGGUUUGCGAAUCACCGCGGACCUUGACUCGGCCGCCUUCCGGUCCUAAUAAUCCCUCUCGACCGCGGCCCAUCUCCACCUCCACCAGCGGAAGUGGAUGGAACACGCCGUCUCACAGGAUGAAGGAUUUCGAUUAAGGAGUUCGUGAUAUUGUAAUGUUGUGUGUGAACAUGCAACGGUAUUUAAUGUAUAUUUUAUUUAUUAUUAUUUAUAUUGCAACGCGAAAUAAUGUUUUAAAUACAAUUAGGACUAAUAAUGGUCGAUUUUGUGUUAUUAUUUUUAUAAUUUUAUACUGAUUAGAGCAUGUUUGAAUAUUCUUUGUAUGGUUUACAACAACUGUGAACGAAAUAUAUUUUUUAGUUUUAUGUAAAUGUUAUAUUUAAUAAUGUAAUUUAUAAGUGGAAAACAAUUAUUAAACGCAGUAAUUUAAUU